GUUGGGCAGCCCUGUUGUGUAGCAUAAGGGCUAGUCUCUGGUCCUUAUAAUAUACAGACAAAUAUACAAACGGAGGGAGAGAGGCAGCGAGAGAGUAUCCCUUAUAAUAUACAGAGUGCGAGUGUCCCUUAUUCGACGGUGAGAACGGGAGAUACACUGACCAUAUAAUAGAGGGAGCGAGACAGACUCACCCCUGUGAUAGAGAGGGAGAGAAAGCAGAAGGCAGCGAGAGGCCAACCUUCAUCAAAAAAAGUGGAGGAGGAAAGGAGAGACUGGCCCUCAUGAUUAAAAAAGAGAACAGAACGUUCACACCUCUCCUCUUGCCCAACCCCCACAUCACACAGUCACUGCCUUCUCUCUGCUUCUCACCCUACCUUGACUCUACGCCGUACGAGCGUACAGCUGACCGCAAGGCAGACUGGGAGAUGAAGUCCCCGUUGCCACAACACAUUUCGAAGGCGAGGCUUCGCUAAAUACAACUCCCAUCUCAACCCUCGCAGACCGAGUCCUGAAUAUGUGGGAGGAGCGCACCGCCCACAAAAAGCCACAGCUAUCUGUCUCCAGCUGCAAUUCUAAAAUCCAACUAUAAAAACAGCCAUAAAAUAGUGGUAUUGAUGAGGGGGAUUUUUGCAUGAAGAUCAUUGGAAAGGCUUGUUGUACCUAGCGGCAGAAACAGCAGCGACAGAAAGAGAGGAGAGACGGCGAGGGGUGUUGGUCUGAUGGGUAAAUGAAAGUGGGUGGGCCUACCGCGGACACAUUACUAACUUGAAUUAGAAUACAUUUUUCCAGUCGAUUUUUCCGUUAAUGGAAUUAACGCGCGUCGGUCGUUAAAGGGUGUUUUCGGUUGGUUUUGAGAGGCGUCGGGCGCGGAAACCGGACCAUUUCCCGUUAUCACGGGAGGUUUGAUUGUCGCUCGAGUUUUGUACCGCCCUUCCUGCCGAGUGGGUGGUUUAGGUGCUAACCGGAGCGACGACACAGCCCAGCUCGAGCUAUUCGCGGAGAAAAAAGGCCGUCCUUACCCGGUGCUUUAGCCGGCCUUUCUCCCCUAGCCUCUCCUCUCUGGUUUAUGAAUGCGUUAUGAGUGAUCAGAAGAAGGAAGUGUCGGGAUCAGAAGGAGGGAAACCAGGCAAGAAAGGCAAACGUUCUGGAUCACAGGAUUCCCAGCCGUCUCCCCUAGCCCUACUGGCUGCGACCUGCAGUAAGAUAGGAGGUCAGGGAGGAGUGGAAGGACAGGUCCAGUUGCAAGCUGGUCAAAUACAGUUGCAGGGUGGGCAGAUCCAGGGUCAUAUAGUUGUAGACGCAGCAGGUAAUCAGACUCUGGUUCAGCAGCAGUUAGAACUGGUUCCUGCCCAGUUCACUGGUAAUGGCUGGCAGAUCAUCACUACCGCUCCCCAAAUGGCCAAUGACACUGCCAAUCAACCUGUCGCCGUAACGCUGGCCACCACUUCCGCCAAUGACAGUGCUCCGGCAGGCCGUAAGGUGAAGGCAGUGGGCGGAACUAAAACCAUAGCAGCCAAUCAGCAGCCGCAGCAGCAGCAGCAGUUCCAGAUCAUCCAGGUGCAAAAUAUGCCUUCGUCGGGGGGUGGGGUCCAAUACCAGGUGAUCCCCCACCUGCAGACGUCAGACGGCCAACAGAUCCACAUCAGCCCCCAGACCGCAUCCCUGGGGGGGCAGCACAUCCAGAUCAGUUCGGCCCAGGGCGGUCUACCAGAGCAGGUCCAGCUGAUCCAAACCCAGAACCAAUCCCAGACCCAGGCCAUCCUACAACCGGCCAACCAGCAGGCCAUCCUCACUGGCUCAGCCAAUCAGACGUUGCAGCUUCGUCCAGCCCAAUCCUUCCCGCUACAGAUGCAGACCUUACAGGGCUCCCAGACCCAGGUAAUGACUACAGUACCCAUAAACAUCGGCGGUAUGACCCUCGCCCUGCCGGUCAUGAAUAAUUUAGCGGGGGGCGGAGCCGUGCAGCUUAUCCAAGCAGCCGACGGCAGCUUUACCGUAGCUAACAGUAACCAGCUGGUGACAACAACGGCGGCGGUGUCCGGGGCAGCUACCGGGUCAUCUGGGGGUACCAUAACAACUGUUGCCGGGUGCGAUGGAGCAUUGUCGGACGGAACACAGCUGAGUUCUGUAGCCGGGUCGGAUGGAGGGGCGGAGAGAGACUCACAGAACCAACCCAGCGAGCAGGACUCACAGAACUCACAGAUGAGCCAGGCCAACGGACUACAGGGCCAAUCAGAUCCUCCAGGGACCAUCCAGCAGGUCAUCGUGGGACAGAUGGGCAACCAGGUGUUGCAGCAGAUCCAAAUCCAGCCACAGAACCAGAUCCAAGGCCAGCCGCAUCAGAUCCAAACCUUUCAGUUAGGACCAGGCGGGACCCUACAGCCCAUACAAGCCUUCCAGAACCAACAGGUUCUGAUCCGGACCCCAACCCUCUCCUCGUCGGGCCAGAUCACAUGGCAGACUCUGCAGCUCCCUGGGGGGAUGUCUGUGCCUCAGCAGCUGACCCUGGCCCCUGUGGGCGGAGGGGCUGUGGGAGGAGGGGGCUUCGUGCAGCUGGGGGGGGCUCCCCUGACGCUGAGUGCAGCUCAGAUCAACCCUGGGUCGGGAGUGCAGACGGUCAACAUCGCUGGACUGGGCACCGCUGGGGUACAGAUGCAGGGGGUACCCCUCACCAUCACUGGACUACAGGGUCAGCCACAGGGUCAGGAGGGCGGGGUUAAGGUCCAGUCGUCCCCAGUAAAGGUAACCAUGGGUAACGUGGCGGGGUCGUCGCUAAGCCCAGACCAGAUGGGUUCUGUCCAGAGUUCGUCGGACCAGGAAGGACCACCCAGCAAGAGGCUUCGCAGGGUGGCGUGCUCCUGUCCGAACUGCAGGGACGGAGAGGGGAGGACCAGUGGAGACCCAUCUAAGAAGAAGCAGCAUGUGUGUCACAUGGAGGGCUGUGGAAAGGUCUACGGUAAGACCAGUCACCUGAGAGCUCACCUCCGCUGGCACACAGGAGAACGACCCUUCGUCUGUAACUGGAUCUUCUGUGGCAAGAGGUUCACACGCUCGGAUGAACUGCAGAGACACAGACGGACACACACAGAUGUACCCAUCCUCCAGGUGAGAAGAGGUUUGAGUGUCCAGAGUGCAGUAAGCGUUUCAUGCGUAGCGACCAUCUCUCCAAACACAUCAAAACCCACCAGAACAAGAAGGGGGGGGCUUCUCUCGCCAUCAUCACCACUGAAGACAUGGAAGAUUCCAACCAGGGUUUAGGCUCCUCCCCUCGCAUCGUAACUGUGGAGACACUCUCCCAGGACUCCGCCCCUGCCACUCCAACAGCCUCCUCGCCCAAUCAAAUGGAGGGAGAAGAGGAGGAGGAGGAAGAGGAGGAGUUUUGAGUAGUGACCAGUGACCACUUCCUGUUUAGGGAUAAAGCAGGGAGAGCUAAAUUCCUGGUCGGUCUCCAUGGUUAUGCUGUGGCUGUGGAGGUCAGGUGGUCUAUUUUUUUUAAAUGUUGUUUUUAAAAAGAAGAGAAAUACGAUGAACUGAAUAUUACAUAAACAGAGGGAGGAAUCUGAAUCUAAACUAAUGAAUUAAUCUAACGACAGACUAAAGGUAUGAAUUAGUUGAAUGGUGUUUAUAACAGAACAGAGGUCAGGGGAAAAGGUAUAAUAUAGAUUUAUAAUCUAAACUUGCACCCUAUCCCUUAUAUAGUGCACUACUUUUGGCCAGAGCCUUCUGAGUAGUUUAUGUAGGGAGGAGAAUGCCAUUUUGGAUAGGCUAAUUAAACUAGCACAAGACAGAACCCUGGAGUUGUAAAACAUCAAGAAGAGACAUUGGUUGUGUCCCAAAUAGCUAGGGUGCCAUUUGAAACACAGCAAUUGUAUCUCUAUGCACAAAGAUGUUCCUCUGCUAAUACUGUAAUGAUGAUUAUGAUGAAGAAACAUGAUAUGUGGCACGGUCCAGACUGUAGGACAGACAGGUGAGAGGAGCAGGGACAGGUGUGUGUAUGUGCGUACGUGUGUGUGUUUGAGAGUGUGUGACGAUGUAUCCCGGUUCAACAGGACUAUAGUUCAGGUAAAGACCAGUCUGAUAAACUCUUACUGAAGAAAGACCAGAAAAAGAGGAAUAGACCUCUAAAGGGUCCGAAAAAAGCACAUAGAACAUAUGUAUAAAUGAUGCAUUCCUAUAGAAACGCUCUGCAUUUGAAAUAUUAAUCGUUUCUAUAAAACAAACAAUCUAGCUUUCUGCAACAGGCUGUUUAGUGAAAGCAAUACUAUAAGACAAUCCUAGUGAAACCAUGUUUACAUUAAUGACAGUAGAGGAAAAGGUUUCCCUGGUAUGAAACAGCCAGUCAGCUCACAGCGUUAAAGGUGCACUCAGCAAUAUGACAUCAUACACAGCGGGGUGAUUUCCUGCUUGAUGAUGCCAUAUUGCUGAGUGCACCUUUAAGAAGUAGCUCUCCUGGGGUUGGUGGGUGGGUAAGACAGUGUCAAUAAGCAGUACUAAUGUCAAAACACACGGUGCUCCCACUGAUACUCAGAGCAGCAGCUGUUUGUACCAGAACCAGUUUAGAAUAGGGCAGUAAUGUGACUCAAUCAUCGUAUCUGAACCCUAAACUUGUAUAAAGUAUCAACGUCUGAGAUAUAAACAAUAUGCAUUUCAGUAAUUAGACAUGUUUCAAAUAAUAUAUAUUCACGAUAUUUCAAGUGAUUAGAGAUACUCUAUUAACAGUGGUAGAGUUCGUGUGAUUUGACGUUGGUGCUGCUUUCUCUGCAUUGUGAAGGUAGAGCCCCCUGUGUGUGAGUCCUGGUACUACAACGCCUUAAAACAAGCAGUAUUACACACACACGCACACAUACACACAUGUAGUGGGGGGAAGGGUGGGGCAUGGAGAGAAGGGGUUGUGGCAGGGUGGAUGUUAUUACUAUGUGGUUGUUAUGACAAGUGUCUGGUGAUGUUGCUCUAUGUUAGUGUCAGUGCAUACGUUUUGAAUUGUACUUUUAGCUCUUUAUUUUCUUAACCCCCCCAGUACAUUUUGACACAGAUGACUACUGUGUCCAGCUAAUUGAUUAUCUGUUCUAUUUUAAUAUCUGCCUUUUGCUGGAGUGUAUCGUACGCGUUGAACAGAGGUGUGUGUGCAGCAUGUUGCCUUUUAGUGCUGUUGUCUCUAUUUCAUUCAUCCUAAACUUAUUUUGCUACGUCUGUCGUUGUCAUGACUGCGGCCCGUCAUUUCUACUACUCUUAACGCGUCAUAAUAUGUUUUAAAAAAAUAAAAUGAAAGCAAAACGUUCAUAAAAAAGAUUUGAAAAUUAAAUGGUUGAAUUACCAACCAGAUGUGGAUGUUUUCGGUAAUAUUUUGUGUGACAACCAGUUUUCUUUCAUAUUUUCUAGUGACAUCUCAUUUGUAAAAUGUUUUUCUAAGCAGUUUGUGGGAUCUCCAUGAUGAUUGAUAAAUCUGGCCUCCAAGGCUGCAGGUUCUUGAUUAUUGAUAUUUUAUUGAUAUUUUUAAAUCAACUUUGUACAAAUGUGUUGUGUGACUGGGGUUAAAGAAGUGAAAAGAGAAAAAAAGACUUUGCCUGCAUAACACUUUAAAUAAAGUGAUGAAAUCAGUCUAAACCAGUCUCUAU